AUGCAUAAGAAUUAUUGUUUCAUAGUAGAACCUUCUAUACCUGGGGUUAAAGUUGAUCCAUAUCUUCGGGAAUUACAGAAGAAAGCACGUAGCCUUGCUACAGUUGAGCCUCUACUUAUAGUAGAAUUCCCUCCAUCAAUUGAUGAAUAUGCUUUUAUCAAGCAUAGAAAAAGUGGUCAUCCUUAUCCUACAAAAGCUCCAAAUCCUUUUUUUUUUUAUAGAAAGGAAUAUGUGUUACAGCUAAAAAAGUUAGGGAGGCAAUAUCCAAUGACUGAUAUUUCAGGUCAUGUUUCGCGUUCAUGGAAAAAUGAGUCAGAUCAUAUUAAAGAUUAUUAUAAGGAGCUUUCUAGAAAGGCUUCUGAAUUAAUGGAAAAGUACAAAACAAAUUCACUUCCAGCUCGUAAACAACUUUCGAAAAAAAAGUCUUCAAGGCCGUCAAAUAAACCGAAUAGGAAAGUGCACACACCCCAACCUUCGGCUUUGAUUGACACACCUAUUAUGCCACAACCCGAAACAUUUAUCAAUACUGAAUAUUCUGAAGUCAAUUAUUUCAAUCCUGUAAUUUACAAUAAUGAACUUUAUUAUUUCGAACAAUCGUGUGAUGGUUAUUUUCCGAAUAACCCUAACUUCCAUGACUUAAUGUGUUCAAUCCCGUGA